UGAAGAUCGUCUAGUCCCAACCCCUCUACUAUAGGCAAGGAUCCUUCCAGCAGACAAAGUUGCUUAAAGCUCCAUCCAACCUGGCCUUGAACACUUCCAGGGAUGGGAUAUCCACAACUUCUCUGGGUAGCCUGUUUUGGUUCCUCACUACCCUCACAGUCAACAACUUCUUCCAAUUGUCUAGUAUAUGUAUACUCUCAGGUUAAAUACAUCCCCCACCAUUUCUUAUCACUAUACACUCUUGUAAAAACUCCCUCUCCAUCUUUCUUGUAGGCUUUCUUCAGGUACUGGGAAGCUACAAUUAAGUCACCCCUAAGCCCCCUCUUUUCCAGCCUGAACAAUCACAAUUCUUUUAAUCUUUCCUAAUAGGAGAGGCGCUUCCUCCCUCUGAUCACCUUGAUGGCCCUCCUCUAGACUAUCUCCAAAAGGUCGAUGUCCUUCCUGUGCUGGGGACCUCAAUGCUGCAUGCAGCACAGCAGGAAUUGGACGAGUGGGUCGGAACUAAACGAAACGCGGGAGGCUCUUUUUACCCCUUCCUCCGACUACGAUGAUGAGGAGUUCCUGCGAUAUCUCUGGAAGGAGUAUUUGCAUCCCAAGGAAUAUGAAUGGGCGCUGAUCGCCGGCUACAUCGUCGUCUUCAUUGUGGCUCUCGUCGGGAACGUCUUAGUUUGCCUUGCAGUGUGGAAGAAUCAUCACAUGCGGACCGUUACCAACUAUUUCAUAGUGAAUCUUUCUCUGGCUGACAUUCUGGUCACAAUUACUUGUCUUCCAGCAACUUUAGUUGUGGACAUCACAGAAACGUGGUUCUUUGGGCAGACCCUCUGUAAAGUGAUUCCCUACUUACAGACAGUUUCUGUCUCUGUGUCUGUCCUAACUCUCAGCUGCAUUGCUUUGGAUCGAUGGUAUGCAAUUUGUCACCCUUUGAUGUUUAAAAGCACAGCCAAGCGAGCAAGGAACAGCAUUAUAAUUAUCUGGAUUGUGUCCUGCAUCAUAAUGAUUCCUCAGGCUAUUGUUAUGGAGUGCAGCAGUGUGUUCCCAGGAUUAGCCAAUAAAACCACCUUGUUCACAGUGUGUGAUGAGCGCUGGGGAGCUGAGGUUUACCCCAAAAUGUAUCACACAUGCUUUUUUCUGGUGACAUACAUGGCACCACUGUGUCUUAUGGUGUUGGCCUAUUUGCAAAUAUUCCGAAAGCUGUGGUGUCGCCAGAUCCCAGGAACUUCUUCUGUUGUUCAGAAGAAAUGGAAGCCUCAGCAGCCCUCAGCACAGCCCCGUGGGCUGGGACAAUCAACAAAGUCAAAGAUUAGUGCUGUGGCAGCUGAAAUAAAACAGAUUCGUGCAAGAAGGAAAACAGCACGUAUGCUAAUGGUUGUCCUUCUGGUUUUUGCACUUUGCUAUCUACCAAUCAGCAUCCUCAAUGUCUUGAAAAGGGUUUUUGGGAUGUUUAAUCAUGCUGAUGACAGAGAAACUGUAUAUGCCUGGUUCACAUUCUCACACUGGCUUGUAUAUGCAAACAGUGCAGCCAAUCCUAUUAUUUAUAACUUCCUCAGUGGGAAAUUUAGAGAAGAAUUUAAAGCAGCAUUUUCCUGUUGCAUCCUUGGCAUUCGCAGCCACCAUGACGAACGGUUCACCAGAGGUCGUGCCAGUACAGAGAGUCGGAAAUCCUUGACCACCCAGAUCAGCAAUUUUGAUAACAUUUCAAAACUUUCAGAACAGGUUGCAUUGUCCAACGUAAACACAAUUCCAUCAAAUGAUAUCCCAGCUAUGCUCAGCCCAUUGAAGUCAGCGGAACUGCAUCUCCACAUACCCGGGAUGAACAUGACUUCAAAUAUAGAUGAAGCCAUGAGGGUUUCUGCAGAAGACACUGCCAGAACAGAGAAUGCAGAGUGGGAUAAAUUUGUCCCUAGUAUAACUAAACUUACUUCGAUGGAGUUACAGCAAGGGUGACUUUGGCUCAAUACACUACAACUGCCAGAGAGUGUCACGUGCUUUUAGCUGUGGUACAGACUGCAACUGGACAAAGGGAUUCCUUCAAAAUAACUGCCUAUCCUCUUUCUUCUCAGUCUUACAGAAACCUACUUACCUCAGUAUGAGCUAAAGAACGUCUUUACAAUUCUUUUUAAAGAUUGGAUUGUAUCAUACUUUGUAAAUAUUGUAGAUAUUUAUUUUUAUAUAUUUUAGAUGCUGUGAAAUGUUCUAAAAUAUAUCAUAUAAAGAAAUCUAAGUAUUUGAAAGAAGGCUCAAACAUGAUUUAUUUAUAUCCUCUUUCUAGAAAUGAUUGACUCAUGUACAAGGAACGCUUACUUAUGCACUAGUGAUAUCCUGGCAUUACUUUGCACUUCUUUUUCUCCAAAUCCACUUGUAGUAAGUUCUGUGUUUAUUAUGGAACUUUCACUUCAUACUGAUUUGGGGAGAGUCCACAUUACUUUUCGAAGUACAGACAUGCUUCUAAGAUACGAAUCCAAAGUGCUGAAAGUCAGAUGUUUUCAUAAGGUUACACUUAAACAGCCUUUUUUUUUUUUUUUUUCUUUCUCAGAUUUGAGUGCCUAAAAAGUAACCAUUUAAAUAAAACUUAUGUGAUGCUCAAAGGUGCUAUAGGCUCAAAUUUCCUACUCAGGCCAACAGGAAUAACAAGUGUCAGCACCACUGAAGGUCAGGACAUUUUAACUUUGGUAGCUCAUUUUAGUCUGUAAUGUUUAAGAGUUGCUCUAGAAGAUCUCUUAAAAUCUUUGACACGGAAAUAUUAGUUAGUCUUUCAUUUUCAUGACUUCUCUCUCAACUGCUAUUUAAUACGAAAGAUACAAUCAAUUUACAAAUCUACAAAUCUAUUUAUGGGAUAAUCUCUCCGGCCUGGAGCUUCCUACUAUGUAUUGUGUUUUUCUCCUUAAAAGGAUGAAGAUGGUGCAUCACUGGAGAUUUCGUCUUCUAGAAGAAUGUGGUCUAUUGGUUAGAAAAAGGCUAAUUAUCAGAAACUGAGAUACAAUUUCCAUGUGGUACUAUUUUUGCGUUUCAGUCCAGAUUUUUCAAAAGAAAUGGUAAGAUGAGAGGGAGGACUUUGUUUUUCAUUAAAAAGAAUUCGGCCUAGAAAGAAAACUGUGUCAUAUAUUCAAAUGUUUCUGUAAAGCCAAUUGUUAAUUGACCAGGUGUUAUUUGAUUACCUUUUGUAAAUAUUUUUUCUAGGUUUUCCUUUGACCUAGUGUCAUGCAAUGUACUGUCUAUCAUGGCAACUAUAGUUUUAUGAAGUGCUCAAUCACUUUAUGCUUUAGCCUUCCCCAACAGCUGUUUUACUUGACAUUGUUGCAAUUCCUGCUAGUUUACAUUGGUGUUAAGUGAGAGAAAGGGAUUUGCAUUCAUUUGUAUAUUCAAGUUUUCUAUUUAAAGAGAAAAAGGAGCAUACUCUUUUUUUGAUUAAAAAAGAAUAAAGAAAAAUAUAUAAAUGGACAGAAUGUUUAAGUAUCAAAUAAAAUAAUAGGAAUUUCAAUAUUCCUAUGUGUAAGCCUAAUUUUUAAGUAUAGCUAUUAUGUCAAUGUUAUUUCAAGAAAUUAUUUUGCUUUGUUUCUUCUAAGAAAAUAAAACCCAAAUAAUUGUGGAAAGCACCACAGGAUUUCAUAGCUAUCUCAAUUCCUUUACCAUGAGAAGGCUAUUUUUGCUCUUCAACCAUGGAAAAUGCAGAAUUGUUAAAGAGUGUUGAACAGGAUAUGUCUUUUUUAUAUAUAUAAUUUGAAAUGAUUGAACAAACAGCUCCUGAAUUAAAACAUUACAUAUAUGGGAAAAUGGAAUUUAAAAAGUCCUCUAAAUUUUUCUUUUGUUUAGCUAUAACCAAAUAAAUAGUCAAAAAAUUAAAAGCUAUUAUAGUAACCCAGCUGCAAAAUAGUUAUCAGUAAUCAUUUAUUUGAGACAUAAAAUAUUUCAGCUCACAGUUGAAAAAUAUAUCUUAAAUGCAGAUCUGGCAAAGCUUUAUUUUUAUUUCAGAAAAUGUAUUUUUAGCUUUUCGUUGAAGAAAGAGAAAGAAUGUAGAAAGCUAUGGUUAUUUAAGAAAACUUGGAGAGCAUAAGAGGGGAACAUGUAUACUUUUCAAACAUAGAAGGUCAUGGGUCACUGUGGAAGGCCAGCAAAAUUUUUAGGCUUCAUCUGGUGUGUUGUCCAGAUCCCUGUGAGAACAGAGAGGAAAAGGGUACAGUACUCCUAACGUGGGGCCAGCAAACAAAGAACUAAAAUAUCAAUGUCAGUCAUGCUCAUGGAAAAAUCCUAAUUAGAAUCUUUCUAAAGAGGGGGUGAAAACUACCUGCUGACACCAUUUGUAUUCUUUUUGCUUCUACCUUAAUGCCAGGGGGAUAAAUUGUGUUAGCUCAGUUAGUUCUGAGGCAAGAACAUUACUAAAGGUCAAUGGAAGUUUUUUGAGACUGGAGGUGUUCUGUGCCAUGUUAGAAAGGGAGGUUCUGGCCUUGAAUUUGUCUUUGUAAGAGAAAGAAUAUCUUUUAUUCUCUUUUUUAUCUUUUCUUAUUUUCACCUAGAUCUUCAGAAUUAAAAUGUUCCAACAUUUCUAGGAAUUUCUUUUAACCACAACUUUAACUUAGCAGUACUUUUUAUGUGGAGAAGAUAAAUAAAAUAUGAGACAUUCAUUAGAAAAUGAUUCUGGGUUUUCUCUGGACAAUUUCUAUUGAGUAAACAGCAUAUCUUUCAGAUUCAAAUUUUACAAUCAGAUGUUAUUUCAGAUUUGAAAUUCUGAGAAUAGAUAGAGAGCAUUAACGUAUU